AUGAACAGAAAUAAUUCAAUUCUUUCCUACAGUUCGGAAUUUCAUCAUUAUUUCGAAUCAAGAGUGGGGAGUCUGCUCACUCUCGAUCAAACCUUCCCAGCCAAAUAUUUAGCAAGUGAUCAAUAUUUCGAUGAUAAGCCAACUCAUUCCUUGAUUACUUUACAAAUAAUUCCGAAUUUAAUUAAUAAUAGUAAUGAUGAUGACGAUGAUCUGGUUGGUGAUCAAAGAGGAGAUGAAUUUACCAUCAUGAUGAAGAAUCGAGUGGAAAAGUACAUUCAAGCAAGUAGGAAAUUUAAGAAUAACAUUCCCUUGAUGAAGUGCUUUGAAGAGGUGACUGAUGGUGGAUCUACAUUGACUUUACAUUUGUGUUCCUUUCCAUUCAAUUUGAAAAUUCAAUCGGAAAUGAAUAACAUGAGGAUGAUUAAGGAAGUGUUUCAUAGGAGAGAAGAUUUGAUAACUUUGGAAAAGUAUUUGGAAAGUAACUAUUCACUGGAGAAUGAUUAUGGAAUGUUGAUUGGAAUUUUACAGGGUUUGGCAAAAUCUCUAUUUGAGUUGCACUUCAUUGGUAAAUUGAGCCAUAAUAGUAUUAUACCAAGGAAUGUGGUAAUUUCAAGGAAGAAUUCAACAGCUCUGAUUGGAUUGCCAUCGUUUGGAUUGGAUGAUGUGGUUGGAACGUUGAAUGAUGAGCAUUUGACCUAUUUUUCACCUCAAGUUUUGGAAAGAUUUGAAAAUGGAGAGAAAACAGUCUUUUCCAAUAGUAAUGAUGUAUACAUGUUUGGUACAUUGAUUAUUAGGAUAUUAUUGGGCGAGGAGUUUGAUGCCAAGUAUUUGGACACUGAACGAAUGGAUGGGGAAUUGAAGGAUUUGAAAUCAAGAAUAUUGAAACAGCUCACUAAUAAUAUGCCAAUGAGGGAAAUCUAUGAAAAUAUAGCAGAUAUGGCAUUCAGAUGUAUUGACAGAAAUGAAUCUAAACGACCUUCAAUAGCUGAAGCGUUUCAACUAUUGGAGAAACAAGAACCAAUAAUCAUCCUGCCAUCUUCCGAGUCUGCACUUAUCUCAAAUUCCAGUUCUGAAACCCCAACUUUUACCGUAUCCUCACGUUCAUUCAAUACCUCAAAAUUUUCGCUAUUUUCUAACCUUUUUGGAGUCAAGAAAAAGGACCGAGUGCCAUCUUUAAGAAAUGAUGUGGUAAAUGAUGUAUGUGAUGACAUAUCAACAAUUGAAAGUUUACCAAUUAUUGUUCAGUGUGAAGAAAAGAAACUAGAUGAAGAAGAAACAAAACCAGUGGAGAAUCCAGAAGAUUUGGAUGAGGAAAAGAAGAAACUCUACAUUAUUGAUAAGAGAAUUAGUGAGGGAGCUUCUGCUGUUGUGUUCACUCUCAAGAGACCUUCCGAAUGUGUCAUGAAGAGAUACAAGAAAGGUCACGAAUCGGAUUACAAGAGAGAAAUUAGAUGCCUACAAAAACGUCAUCAGAAUAUUGUUACCUUAAUAGACAAUUAUUCAUUUAAGGAAGGAGAAAAUUUUAAUCAUGUAAUUAUUAUGGAAUAUUGUGGAUAUGGAGAUUUGUAUCGAUUGGUAUCAAGUAGUGUACAGAAAAGUGCAAUCAAACCAAUUAAAUUCCUAACAAUGGGUAUUCAAUUAUUUGAGGCAUUGUGUCACCUCCACUCUAACCAAUAUGUACAUUGUGACGUUAAACCUGUAAAGCUUGGCGACUUUGCAUUUAGUGUGAGAAAUGGAGAAAGUUCACCAGGAUUGACGUUCCACUAUGCACCUCCUGAGCUUCAUGAAGGAAAACCAGCCAUCAUUGAAUGUGAUGUUUACAGUGCUGCUUGUUCUCUAUUCGAAGUACUUGUAAAGAAGAAGGUUAGUUUGAAAGAUAAGGAUUUCACACAGGUUUGGGAUCAACACAAUGCCAAUACUAGAUUCUAUUCCAGGACCAUGUCUAAUCCUCAUGCCAUUAGAUUGUUCAAUCUGAUGAAAGAAUGCUUGGAGCCUGAUGCGAAAAAUCGAUGCUCUUCAAAGAAGGUCCUUUCUGAAAUGAUAGAUAUUCGAAACAAUUUUUGUGCAACCCUUAUUCAAAAGAUAUUUAGAGGAUUUAGAGUAAGAAAGAGCCUUAAAAGAAGAAUGAAUUAA